AAAGUAAAGUAAGAGCCAGAAGAAAAUUCUCUCCGACCCCCAAAAGAAAAAAGAAAAAGAAAACAAUAUUUAGAAAGAAAAUAAUCUCUUCAUAUUGAUAUAGAAAAAACAAAAUCAUGGCAAGCAGCGCAAUGACUAUGAACUCCUACCGAUUUCUGUUUGAAAGUCUCACACAUUAUUCCACAAAUCUGUAGAUAGGCCCAAUUUCGCCCCUUCCACCUACUUUUAGGGUUUUACUUUUCAGAUCUGAACUUCAAGCAUAAGUCAACUCCAACUCUCCUUAAAUCGAAAGCUGUUAGCCCCUUCUCCCAUCUGUUUGAAUUAGGGUUUAAGCGGGUUUCUUAUAUGUACAGUCAAUUUUCAAUCUUGUACUGUUUUGGGUUGAAGUACGGAAUUGGGGCUUUUUAAAAGGUGCAAUUUUGAGCUGCCAAUGCAAUUUAGUUCACUGAAUUGGUUUGAUUUCCGCUGCGUUUUUGGAUAAUUUCGAAGAAUUUGAAGUCUAGUUAUGAGUUCAUCAAUGUCUUGGGCGGAACCAGCGGAUGUUUAUCUCUCUACUUCUCUUGCCAGUUAUCUUGACAAGAAACUUCUUGUGUUACUUCGAGAUGGACGGAAACUUUUAGGGAUUCUUCGUUCGUUUGAUCAGUUUGCUAAUGUUGUCCUAGAAGGUGCAUGUGAGCGUCUUAUUGUUGGUGAUCUAUAUUGUGACAUUCCAUUAGGUCUAUAUGUAAUCCGUGGGGAAAAUGUUGUCUUGAUUGGGGAGCUGGACCCGCUGAAGAGGGAACUACCCCCAAAUAUGGUUCGUGUUUCAGAACCAGAGAUAAGAAGUGCACAAAAAGUGGAGAGGGAGGCUUCAGAGCUCAUGGGUACGAUGAAAAAGAGGAUGGAUUUCCUUGAUAUGGAUUGAUGCACAAGUUUUUCUUGGCAGAGUCCUUUGUUGCAAUGACAACAGAUAAGUAGAUUUCUCCUGGAAUUUUCAAAUUAUUUCUGCACACCUUCUUCGUCUUAGAAAUUACAGAUGAUGUGGGUCUUAGGGUCGAAGUUUGAAGUAGCUGGGGUCCUUCCGUAUAUUUUGUUCUGGAGGGACUCCGGAUUCUUGUUCUUGUUGCUCUCCUUUUCUAUGUAUAAACUAGUGAUAAUCGCCAUCUUAACUAACGUUUAAAGCCCUUCUUAUGGAUUCAUCAUGAUUGUCAAA